CUCUACGGGUUGCGGCGUCCCGCUCUUGGAACGUCGCCGUUCCUGGGAUAAGGGCUUGGAGGGGUUCAGCGGAGCACUUCCGCGGGGCUUUUUCCCUUUUCGAUCCCCCGCCCACAGCUCUCAAGUUUAUCCAGGACAAGUUUCUUCUCAACUUGAACGCUCGCUGCCACCCCUUUCACCCCGUCCUCUUCCUUCAUUUCGUGCGUGUGUGCGUGUUGGUUUAUUUCUGGGGACGUGCUAGGCGUCCCUGGUUUAUCUUUGUCCCUUGUGGGGAAUGUGGAAAUGGCCGGUGACAACAGCCCUGGAGUCUUCUUGUGUUGGCGACGCUUCGAGCUCCUACUGCUAGCGACGGCGGCCACCGGACUAUGCAGCGGGGUCGUUGGAGCCAAGAAUCCUAGCUGCCAUGAAGUAAGGGCGGCGUUUCAGAUCCGGCAGAUCGGUCCCAUCAAGCUGGUUCCCGAUGUUCCCACAACUGCUGAUUCCAGCUUACAGAUUUGCCAACACAAAUCACCAACAUGUUGCACUAAGAAAAUGGAAGAAAAUUAUCAAGCAGCUGUUCGAAGAGAGAGGAUAGAGAACAUUCAGACUCUGAAUUUUGAACUGAAAUAUAUGAUCGUUGGCCACAUUACAGCUUUUCAAGCAGCCUUUGAGUCCCUGCUUCGUUUUGCUGAGAACCACACCACUUCUCUCUUUGAGACUGUCUACAGACCCAUGUCAAAGGAGGCAGCUGAGCCUGUGAAGGAACUUUUUACAGACCUCUCUCUCUACCUCUUGGGUUCUCAGACCAGAGUGGAAAGAGCAUUUUUCCGGUUCUUCGACAGCCUCUUCCCUUUAGUUUAUACCCGCUUGAUAAACCCAGGCAUGAUGGAUUUGUCAGAAGACUAUAUGGAAUGCCUGCGACAAACACGACAAGACAUCAAUCCAUUUGGGCACUAUUCUAAGGAAGCUGUUACGGAGCUAGCAAAGUCUCUGAGGGCAAGCAGGACAUUCAACCAGGCCCUGGGCAUGGGCGUUGAAGUGCUGAAUGCCACUGAGCAUGCUUCUUUGACCAAAGAAUGUAUCCGAGGCCUUGUGAAAAUGCAGUAUUGUCCUCACUGCCAAGGCCUGACCCUCAUCAGGCCCUGUGAAGGGUAUUGUCUAAAUGUGAUGAGAGGCUGUUUUGCUGGUGUAUCUGAGCUGGAUGUUCAUUGGAGGGACUAUAUCUAUAUCCUGGAAUACCUCACAAAUGAAAUGGUUGGAACUCAUGAUCUGGAACUGGCACUGCUGGGUAUUCGGUACUCAAUCAAUGAGGCCAUUUUACAGGCACAACUUAAUGGACCCCAGCUAUCAGCUACUGUAGAUAAAGUGUGUGGACAUCCUGCAGAAAAAGAAGUGAAACCUUUGCCGGACAGCAUAGUUCAAGCAAAGGAAAUAAUAGAGAGACCACCUCUAACAAUGGCCCACUCGACUACUCUUAACAAUAAAAGGAGUUCUCUACCUCUGAAAGCUUCAAAGAAUGACAAAUCCAGAAGUUUGAAAAAAAUGUCCCGGGAGUUUAUCAAUUAUAUGAAACGAUCCAGAACUUUUUAUGCCUCUUUGACAGAAAGGCUCUGUGAUGGUGACCUCGUGAUGAAAGACAGCUCAACUUGCUGGAAUGGCAAAGAUGUUGUAGAAAGUUAUACAAGCAGAGUGGUUACAAAUGGAUUGAAAGCCCAAAUGAAUAAUCCAGAGCUGAAAGUCAGAGAACUGGAUCCACAGAUAGUUCAUUUAAUUGACAAGUUGAAACAUUUUAAUCAGCUGGCAGCCCACACAACAAGUUUACAGUCAGAAAGUUGGAUUGACAGGGAAGGUGGCAGUGGGAAUGGAAUGGACAAAGAGACAGAAUCCAGUGGAGAUUGUGAUGAUGAAGAUGGAUGCCAAGGAUCAGGUGAUAAAAGCUACACAAAAGAUGUUUUUCGUGUGAAAACAGGAGACAGAAAUAAAACCAUACUAAUAAUGGAAAAGAUGGACACCACAACCACAACUACUAUAAAAACAUUUUCCAUUCACAAAGAGGACAGAAAUCUGGGUACUCACGCAUCAAGUUCUUGGUUCUUUAAAAUUACCAGCCUUGCAGUUUUGUGGCAUUUUGUGUCAUAGCUGCAUUACACUGCAGUAACUAUGCAAUUUCUGUGCACCAUCAUAUAUACC